AAAAAAAAGUAGAAGAGGCAGUAGGAGGAGGAGGAGACCCAAAAUCCAGAAAAAUGGGUCAGUUUCAGGUCCACCAUGUUCAAACCCUUACUAAACCUCACUACUCUUACUCAUCCCAGUCCCUCCAUCCAGUCCCAAUCACUUGCUUCCCUCAUCGUAUUCGUCCCAACCUCACUCUCACCUUCCCUCAUUCCCUCUCUACUUCCCAAAACCACCCCAAACCCCUCCACCUCCCUCUCCGCACCGCCGUCCGAUCUCGCAUAGUCUGCAAAUCGAGCGGCUCAGAAUUUGACAUCCUAUCGCAGCCAGAAGAGAGAAGAAGACCUCACAGACGCGCCAAUGGAAUAUUCUGGAUUUUACUUAUUAAUAUCGGAAUAUACUUGGCCGAUCAUAUUUUUCAGGUUCGCGCAGUUAAAAUGCUAUACUUGUAUCACAGUUACCCUGAAUGGUACCAGUUUCUAACAGCAACGUUCUGCCAUGCUAAUUGGAACCAUCUUUCGAGCAACCUUUUCUUCUUGUAUAUUUUCGGAAAGCUAGUUGAAGAAGAUGAAGGAAAUCUCGCACUGUGGCUCUCUUAUAUUCUUACAGGUGUUGGAGCUAACUUUGUUUCGUGGCUUGCUCUACCGACAAAUGCAGUUUCUAUUGGAGCUUCUGGUGCUGUUUUUGGAUUGUUUACUAUCAGUGUUCUUGUAAAGAUGUCCUGGGACUGGAGGAAGAUACUUGAAGUUCUUAUAUUGGGCCAAUUUGUUAUAGACAAGGUUAUGGAAGCAGCCCAAGCUUCGACAGGAUUAGCAGGCCGCGGAGGCUCCUCUUUGAUGAAUGUCAAUCACAUUGCGCAUCUCUCAGGUGCUCUUGUUGGUGUAUUUCUAGUAUGGCUUCUUGGUAGAAUUCCUUCUGAACCUCCAAAACAAGAAGGAUUGGAUUUGAAAAAGAAAUAGACAGAGAUCAGUAAUUAGGGGAUACUGGAACUGAUGUGCCAGUAUUGUACCACAGACUGUAUCCUAAUUUUUGCUGAUAAUUUGUAAAUGAUUCUGAUACUAAUUGAUUUAAUAGAAAGGAGUGAAAUGGCCCAAUUAGGCCUGAGUCUUGUUGGAGCA